UUGCUUUCAGAUCUUUUUGAUAUUUUCUCCGAGGCGUAAAUUGAUCUCGACCUUCCCCGCGCCCUCAUCGAUCUUGUCUUUGUUGCGGCGCCCUGCGCUUCUGUCCAUGUGGGCCGUGCUCAAUAGCUACGGGCCGCACCCGACUUGCAGCUCGCUGGGCCCGGUCGGUAUCCACACACACACCACUCCAAGGUCGACGUGGAUCGGAGGAUAGAUCAUCCCAGGCCGCCAACGCUCAGUGGUAUUUUGACGCCGACGCAUACCAUCGGGACAGCUCGCUUCUGCUAGGCCCGCCGAUUGACCUUCUUCGCCUCGAUUUCGUUUUCCUUGCCCACUCUUCGACCUGGUCACACACUAACGUUCCAUAGCAACGUGAGAGGUCGCGUUCUCCUAGACGGGGACGUUCCCGGAGCCCAAACACACGCCGUUCAUAUUCGCCCCGCGAUCGAUCGCGGAGUCGCAAUCGAAGAAGGAGUCGGUCUCCCAUGACUGGACAGGGCACAGCUACUGGAGGACCAGGUUCAGGAUACAGCGGAGCUCCCCACCGGUCGUACGAGGAUCGUGCGGCACAUCGAGAGCAAGUCAUGAACAACAUUCGUGAGACGUCGCAGCAGGACCGCCGGGUCUAUGUCGGCAACCUGUCCUACGACGUGAAAUGGCACCAUCUUAAGGACUUUAUGCGUCAGGCUGGAGAGGUUCUCUACGCCGACGUGCUACUUCUUCCUAAUGGAAUGUCGAAGGUGGGCGCCUAUAAAAUUGUGGAGUAUGCCACGAGGGAGCAGGCCCAGGCUGCCGUUGCGACGCUCAGCAAUCAGAAUCUCAUGGGCAGACUGGUCUACGACCGUGAGGCCGAGCCUCGGUUCGGCCCACCGGGCGGAGCCGGUCGCGGCGGCGGAUUUGCGAGCGCCGGUAUGGGCGGUUAUGGGCCUGGCGGCGGCGGCUUCAAUGCCGGCAUGGCUGGCCCUCCUGGGGGUGGCGGUCGUCAAAUCUACGUUUCUAACUUGCCUUACACCGUCGGCUGGCAAGACCUGAAGGACCUCUUCCGACAGGCCGCCCGCACAGGCGCUGUGAUUCGCGCUGAUGUCCACCUUGGCCCCGACGGCAGACCUAAGGGCUCCGGCGUUGUGGUUUUCGAAACUCCCGAUGAUGCUCGCAAUGCCAUCCAACAGUUCAACGGCUAUGACUGGCAAGGCCGCACCCUCGAGGUCCGUGAGGAUCGUUUCGCAGGCCCCGGCAUGGGCGUUGGUGGGUACGGCCGCGGCGGUUUCGGAGGCGGACGCGGCGGUUUCGGAGGAGGAUACGGCCGAGGAGGCUUUGGCGGCCGCGGUGGAUUCGGCUACGGAGGCCGCGGUGGGUAUGGCGGCGGUGGCGGCGGCGGCGGCUUCGAUGCUGGUGCCUCCGUCCCCCCGAACCCUUUUACCGACCACGCCACUGCUGGCGUCGAGAAGUGCGAAACAAUCUAUGUUCGCAAUCUUCCCUGGUCAACCAGCAACGAUGACCUUGUUGAGUUGUUCUCGACUAUCGGCAAGGUUGAGCAGGCCGAGAUUCAGUACGAGCCCAGUGGCCGGUCGCGUGGCAGCGGCGUCGUCCGAUUCGACAACGCAGACACCGCCGAAACGGCGAUUGCGAAGUUCCAGGGCUACCAAUACGGCGGUCGCCCUCUCGCCCUGAGUUACGUCAAGUACAUCACUCCUGGCGGCGGUGACAGCAUGGAUACCGACCCACACGCCGGCCUCACCCAGGACCAGAUCAUGUGA